GAAGCCCGGAUCGAUUUUUACGUAUAAAAAGCUGAGGGAAAGCUGGUGAGAGCAUAGUUCGAUUCCGGACCUCAGCGCAAGCUCAAGUUUGUUUUUCCGCACAGCAGAAACUCCCGACGCUCAGCAUCACCAUGAAGUUCUUCAUCAUCGCCCUGGCUUUGGUUUCUCUGGUUGCCGCCGAGGAUGACAAAUACACGACCAAAUACGAUAGCGUUGAUGUGGACGAAAUCCUGAACUCGGACCGGCUGUUCAACAAUUACUUUAAGUGCCUGAUGGAUGAGGGCGCCUGCACUCCGGACGUUAACGAAUUGAAACGCUCUCUGCCUGAUGCCCUGGAAAAUGAUUGCGCCAAAUGCAGCGAGAAGCAAAAGACCCAAAGCACCAAGGUUAUAAAAAAUCUGACCGAGAAGCGCCCGGAACAGUGGAAGCUCCUGAAGGCCAAGUACGACCCCAACAACAAGUACGUCGAGCGGUACGCCGAAGACGCUGACAAGGAUGGAAUCAAGCUGUAAGGAUGUUUGCCGCCUGGAUAAUGCUGUGACUCACGUUUUGCGGGACAAAGCGCGAUUAUCGAUCAAUUUCACCCCGAAAUCUUGUAAUGAUUUUUGACCGCUUCUAGUAACAGUGAAAUAAAGAAUUGCCCCAAUCACAAAAUAAA